AUGGCCGAAAACCGAAUCUUGGAGGUCCGAACAGUUGCAGAGGUGUUCCUUGCUUUGGCUACAGUGGCCACAGCUCUUCGAUGCUAUGUACGGGUGGUGACUGUGAAGGCAUUUGGCUGGGAUGAUGCUAUCAUGUUAUUGGCGUUGGGAUUCUUUGCCAUGUUUUCAGACUGCAUGAUCGGUGGAAGCAGAUACGGAACUGGGAAGCAUUUGACGGCGCUGUCAGAUCAUGAGAAAAUAACCGCCAUGGAAUAUUGGUUCUUAUGCGAUGUUGCCUACUGCCUCUCGUCCAUAAUGUGCAAGAUCUCCGUUGGUACUUUCCUCUUGCACGUCACCGUCAAUAAAAUCCAUCGUGUUGUUAUCUAUGCAGUUAUCGCAUUAGCGGUGACCUUUGGGAUGAUGUUUUGGAUUCUCCUUCUCGCGCAGUGUACACCGGUGAAGUUCUUCUGCCUGCGAUUGUCCGCGACUAACAAGGUUUCCAUCGAUAUGACAGUUGUGAUCGUUGCUCUAGUUCUUCCUGUCUUUGUGGUUCGCAAUCUGCAGAUGCGUCGUGAUCUGAAAUACGCCGUUGCCAGUGUUCUAGGAAUGGCCCGCAUUGCCUCGGUGGCGGUUCUUGUCCGGUUGGCUUACGUCAAGACACUCCGGAACCCGGAUUUCUUAUAUGCCACUGUGGGUAUCGCCGUGUGGUCCAACGUGGAAACCGGUCUGGGGAUUUUGGCUGGUAGUUUAGCAACACUACGCCAUCUUCCACGGAUGCUCCGCCCGGGAACUGGCCGAUCAUAUCACAACGAUCAUACCUUAAACCUUAGAUCGCGUAUAUGGCACCGCGCGUCAGGUCAGCGAAACAACGCCCUACCACUAUCAUCGCUCACGUCUCCUGAGGAACGGCAACAUAGACUGAAAGGAAAUUUGUGUGCCAAUCACGAAUUGAUUCGGCCCAAGGAUUCUAAGGUGUAUCAGUAUCAGAUCAACGUGCGCCAUGAUUUCCAGGUCACCGCCAGCGAUAGUCCUGUCUGA